UAUUUCUACAAUGUCAAGAUGACAUGUACUGGUUGUUCCGGUGCUGUAACUAGGGUAUUACAGAAAAAAGUCGAAUUUUUCGUUUCCCUCGAAGGACAAUAUGUGGCCGUAUGGGGUGACAAUCUCCCUUCGGAAUCAGAAAUACAAGAAUGUAUCAAGAAGACCGGAAAGCCAAUCUUGAGUGCACAACUCGUCCCUGCUGGUGAACCCCUGCCAGCACUU